UGUAUUUGGGCGUGUCCCCUUAAAAUCCCAAUUUCUUGUCAUACCAAGCUCCGCCUACCGUUACCAUCACUCACAUCAUGUUCAGGUUCUCCGGUUUGUUCCAAUUCUGGUCGGGUGGUUUUCAUCAAUACUCCACCGCCGCUAUAGCAAUCUCCGGCAAUCGGAAACCCAAUAAUUUCAUAGUUGAUUACCUCAUGAACAGUUUCCUCUUCUCCAAACAAGACGCCAUUUCCAUCUUUUCAAGAGGUAAAUUUCCCCAUCCAACUGCUAACUAUGAAUUAGUUGUUAAUACUUUCAAGAUUUAUGGUUUAAACAAUACCCAGAUCAAAGAUAUCAUCUUUUAUGCCCCAAAAAUAUUAACUUGCAAACCCCACAAAACCCUACAUCCAAAAUUAAGGGUUUUUCAAGAACUCGGUUUAUCCGGGUCGGAUCUUGUUAGUCUUGUUAAGUAUAACCCGGAAAUAUUCAGAUGUGGGUUACAUACCCAGAUCAUUCCCGUGCUUGAUCUUUUAAAAAAAUUAGGGGGAGGUAGUGAUGAGAAUUUGAUUCAAGUUGUUAAGAAUUUUAGAUGGAUGUAUACGGCGAAAUCUUGGAUAAAAAGACUUUCAACGAAUGCUUCAAUGCUUGAAAACCUAGGUUUGUUAAAUGAGAGUAAAUACAUACAUUUUGUGUUGUUUAACACCGAUAAGCUCACAAGAAUAUCUGAGAAUGUUACUUUAUUGAGACGAUAUGGUGUAUCGGAUGUGAAAAUAUCAAAGUUGUUGGUUCAACAUACUAAGUAUAUGCAGAAAGAACCGGAAGUGUUUGAAAAGAAGUUGGAAUACGUUGAACAUAAUUUGGGUAUUUCCCGUCAUGAACCGAUGUUUGUUCAUGGGUUACUUGUGGUUAUGUAUCGUGGUGACUCUGAAAUAGAGAAGAAGAAAGAAGUCUUUAGAAGUUUUGGUUGGUCUGAUUACGAAAUAGCGUCUCUGAUUAGGUCUCAACCUUACUGUUUUACUAAGUCGGAAGAUACAAUUAAGGAUAAGUUAAAUGUUUUCAUGAAGGAGUUAGGUUAUACCCCUUCGUUUCUGAUGGGUCGCUCCUGUUUUAUGACAUUGAGUUUAGAGAAACGGGUAAAACCAAGGUAUGAGAUUUAUAAAAUCUUGAAAGAGAAGGAGUUGUUGCAUGAACCAGUGUUACUCAUAACGUUGUUGCAAUAUGCUGAGCCACAGUUUCUUGGUUUCCUGAAGAGCUUUGAGAAUCAUGUACCCAAUUUAUGUGAAACGUACAUGAAUCGCGUCAAGACCAAAUAAUUCCAUGUAUUAUGAUUAGCAGUAUUCAAGUGACUGGAGUUGGAUCUGCAGCAUCACAUUACUUGGUUAAUUGUCUGCUUUACAUUGAUUGACCAUUGACUUAGCUAGGCGAAAUGCAUCAUGAAAAAGAUUAGUUUAGGAACAGCAAUGAAGUUAAGACAUUUUGUUAGCAUUAACAUUGAACUCUGUUUUCUUAUAACUAAUUUGUCACCUAUUUAGAACCUGUUGUUGAGAUAUUGAAAUCAGGGAUAGAUCUAUUCGUCUUUUUGACA